AUGUCUACCAUCAUCACACCUCCCGAGCCACGGACUCUGUUCCCACCACUUCUGGCAUGUCUCCCCACGGCCUUCAUGUCGCCGCGGCCACCGCCAGCACUGCUCCCGCUCCUGUCGCCCAUCCUCCGCCAACGAGUUAAUCUUCUGGCGGGCAACACUUCCUCAGGCCAAGGCGGUUGGUUGAACCUGCUCUCCUGGUCGUCCUCUCGCUCCUCAAAACUCGGCGCCAAAAUCGAGAACCUGCAAUUGGAAGCCCACCCUGUGUCUGGAGAGCUGGAGCUGGAGGACAUUGACAAGAUCGGAUACAAGAGAGUGGAUGAAGAAACGCUACAAUCCUGCUUGCAGGUCGAGGAGUUUGGCCUGCUGCCGGUAUACGUGUGGUGUGAGAACGACGCAGAAGGUGGUCAAGUCGGGGGAACAACUGGUUGGAGGUUAGCUGAACUGCGCGCAAUUGAAGAUCUCAGCGACGAUAUUGUCCAGUGGACCGACAGCAUCGACGCCGCAAACGACGUCUUCGAGUCCAAGUCGCACCCCAACGCCCCUUCAACAAUUAUCCCUCAACAAGCGACUGCUCAGGACGACGACGAUGAUGAUGAUGACUACUGGGCCAGCUACGACCGAACUCCCAACAACAGAACUCCCGCCCGUACUCCUGCCAAACGUGCGAGUCCUGCUCCCACCUCCACCACAGCCUCGAAUCUCGGCCCCACAAAUGACGAACUCGAGUACUUUGCCCGUUAUGCCGCUGAGGUCCAACCAGCACUCGACGACCAUGAUCCUGACGAAGAGCACCCGGAGACUGCAGACUCCACCCUACGUGGCGGUGAAUUGAGCGAGAAGAGAUCCAUCGCAACACCUGCAGGAGAGCCAAACACCAACCCAGCUCCACCCAUGUACGCUUCAGAGAACAGUGAAUUCUCGGCGACACUACAACGGGAAAAGGCAGCGUUGGAGGCACCACGACCCACCAGUCCGGCAAGCAGUGUCGACAAGCUGGAGCGUGGGGCAGAGGACAUGACAAGAGCAGAAGUCGGCGUGAAACAAUUCAUCAGCACUGAGAUGAAGAGCAUGUUCCGCCUUGCCAGAAGCGUGGGUAUGGGCAGGGAAGAAUUCGAGAGGAUCAUCAAGACCGAGAUUGAUGUUUUGAACUCAGAUAGGGAGCAAAUCUAUCUUCCUAUCUUUCUUUCAAGUACUCUUCCCUCGGACUCCCUUCACUCUGUUGCAAUGAGCACGUGGUCGAUCCGUGGCAUUUCAAUAUCUUGCGGCAUGGAUCUUCCACUUACGGUUACUUGCGCGGAUGACCUCACCAUCACCAUCUUGAACUCCUCGACUCUGACAUCUGACUGUUCGCCUAGACUAUACAAUUCUGUCUCUGCAACAGAAGAAGAAAUCGCCAGUCUUCGACAAAUGCUAGGACUAAACAUGCCACUGACAACACCUCCUCGCAACAUCUACUCCUUCUCCCACUAUGCCACUUUGAUCCAAAGAUCCCAAAACAUCGCAGAAUCAGACCAUUACGCCAUUUUCCUUUCCCACUAUCUCGCAGCCUCGAUAUUAGAUCUUCAAACCUCUUACUUGAUUACUGGAAACAUCAAUCCCGCUAAUCUCGCAGAUGUCGAAGAUCUACUAUCCACCCACCUCUCCAAGACCAUGUUUGAAAACAAACAACAACAAAAAUGGUUCACAAGACUAAACGACUGCUCACCCAAAGAUUCCUCCUCUAUCAAAUUCCCGAUAAAAGAUGCAGAGGAGUUUGCGAAAUGUUUGAUUACUUCGAAAUCGCGCAAGAGGGGAUUUUGA